CCCUGUCACUGAAGCGUACAUCACUCUCCAGAUCACAAGAAUGGCUAAGGUUCUAUGGGCUAUCGUCGCCGUGGCAACAUGCUUUGUUAUGGCGGAGUCUCUGAGGUGUAACAGCUGUGCUGUGGGGCUGCUGGGGAAAUGUUUGCUGAGCUCGGAGAAGACCUGCAGUGGCUCUGAGGACAGGUGCUAUACAGGAAAAGCAGAAUUCAACAUCACCGGAGCAGUGACUUUUGAGACCAGUGGCUGCCUGGUCAACACAUCCUGCGUGAAGUCCACCGGCAGCGUCCUGGGUGUUGGCUACACUGUCACCCGCACCUGCUGCUCCACGGACCUGUGCAAUGCAGCCACCAGUGGCCACCUCCCCGUCACCACUGCCAUCGGUGCAGCACUGAUGGUGUCUGUCUGGGCCAGCGGAAUGUUCUAG